AUGGCUGCUUGCAUUCGCCAUAUUCCUGUCAGAGUGGCUGAGGAUAUAAAUGAGGAGCUCAUGAGAGAGGUUACUGAUAAAGAAAUCAAAGAGGCUACUUUCAGCCUGGGGAGUCUUAAGGCACCAGGACCGGAUGGUCUAAAUGGUCUGUUUUAUCAGAAGCACUGGACAAUUGUUGGUGAGGUAGUUUGUGAUGUUGUUAAGAGUUUUUUUCAUGACGGUAAUUUACCAAGCAGUAUUGGGAAAACUUUUAUAGUCUUGGCUCCUAAGAUUAGUCGCCCGGAAACCCUUAAUCACCUAAGGCCGAUUAGCUGUUGCAACUUUAUAUACAAGAUUAUUUCUAGAAUGUUGGUUAUUAGACUUAGGAAAAUUAUGGAUAAGAUCAUAUCCCCCAUCCAGAGUGCUUUUGUGGGUGGCCGCCUGAUUCAAGAUAAUUUGGUUAUAGUUCAGGAAAUGUUUCACGAUCUGAAUAGAAAAGGGACGGAUGCUUCCAGGAACUUAGCUAUUAAGAUUGAUAUGAACAAAGCCUAUGAUAGGGUGGAGUGGUCUUUCUUAGAAGCUACUUUGAGGGCUUUUGGGUUUAACCCACAUUGGAUAAAGUUGUUAAUGAAGUGUGUCAGCCAAGCUAAAGAAGAGGGCAGAAUCUCGGGAGUUAAAAUCGCCCCUACGGCACCAGCCAUCUCACACCUUUUCUUUGCGGAUGACUGUAUAAUCUUCUCAAAAGACAGUAAGGAGGAAAUUUAUCAACUCAUUACCAUUUUGAAUUUGUACACUGAAGCUUCAGGGCAGAGAAUCAACUUGGACAAAUCUGGGAUUACGUUUGGAAAGCUAAUUCCUAUCAGGACUAGAGUAGAAAUAGAAGAGAUUUUGGGCUUGUCAGCCUGGGAUAAUCCAGGUAAGUAUCUUGGGAUCCCUGCCUACUGGGGAAGAUCUAAGAAUAGUGCUCUCAGUUGGAUUGAGGACAGAGUGGUGGAUAAGCUAGGAGGGUGGAAACAAAAACUUCUUAAUCAAGCUGGGAAGGAGGUGCUCAUCAAAUCAAUUGUUCAAGCUUUUGUGAACGGCUUAGUAAGAAAAUUGCCAAGUUUUGGUGGGUGUCCUCAGGAACCAGAGACCACUGAACAUGCAUUGCUACUAUGUCCCUGGACAAGAGCGGCUUAG